AUGCUCCCCGAGACUCUCUUGCAUGAUUACAUCUUUUGCUUCCUGAAUAGGGUAACUAUUGAUCUCGAUUCGAAGGCUUCAUGGAUAUCGCCGAGCCCAGACUCCCCAGGAAGCGCGAAAGUCGGACACGAGCCCCCACGGCUUGUCAGACCUGCCGCUUGCGCAAGACCCGGUGCGACAAUGCCAGACCCAUCUGUAGCUACUGUGCCAUUCAGGGGGUCGAAUGCAUCUAUCCCCAGACUUCGCCGCAUCCUGUCCACCAACAAUGAGAUCCUCUCCCGACUGGGCCAGAUCACCUCACUACUAGAGGAAAUCAAACAAGAUGGCGGUUCCACGGUCUCUUCGGCCAGAUCUCUUAGGGGUUCCUUUUUUGAGAUGGGUAUGCGGAGCAAUAAUAGCCCCGGAGACGAUCGUCUUUCGGGGAGCAACAAUCUACGUGGGAGUGGUUCUGUUCUUGAAGAUCGCGAAGACGACCAUGACCCCCUGACACUGUACGCGGCCAACUCCGCCGAGUAUAUGCUCCGGUGGCCCGUUUUCAAUAAGGUUAUUACCGAUUCUGAAAGACAUAUCCGCUCUUUUCUUCUCGAUUCGCUGGACAGCCAGCCACAGUCGGGUAUGCCGCCGCCCCGACAGCUGGGCAUUGGUCCUCUGCUCGAUGAUAUCCAGAUCCUAUGUAAGAAAUACCUCCGAUUGAUCCAUCGCCGAAAUCCAGUUGUGGAUAAAGAUAAACUCGAGCGCUAUGCGAGGGAAGUCACCGUGCAGGGGCUGGGAUGGGACGGGCCAUCAUGCCAAGUGCUUCUUGCAUGCGCACUAGGCUGCGCUACCUCUGAUUUUGUCCCCUUAGACGAGAUCCCCGAAGACCUAGAUCGUGUCCCCGGACCACCCCCGACAGACGCUAAUAUCGAGCUCGCGGAGGCGUACUUUCAUGCGGCGAAGCAACGUUUCGGCUCAUUACACACUUCACCUACCGAUAUCUCGUGUUUUCUUCUUGCGGGCUCCUAUCAUAGACAUGCGAUGCGUCCGUUGCAGGCUUGGAAGCAGUGGACUGCUGAUGCGAACUAUCAUAACCUUGAAUCGCGUUUAUAUUGGUCUUGUAUUCAGGCAGAACAUGAAAUGCAGAGCGAGCUCCCCCUGUGGAGUAGUGGAUUAGAAAGUCUGGGCUACUCCGAUCCAUUCCCUUCAAAGACAAACUCGACCUCUCCGGAGGACAAGAUGGAGGACGACAGCGACAGUCCGGCCAAGCCACAAUCUGAUAAUCACGAAUCAGAGGAAGAAAAAGGCUGGAUACUCUACAUUGGAGCUAUAUGCAACCGCCGAACCGUCAACGACAUGCUCAUCGAUAUGUGGCGUUGUGGAGAAGAGGAAUGGAUCAGCAACGUCGCCGGCGUAGUCCAAAGGACCGCUGAGGCUGUCAAAGUUGUUGACUAUUGGCACGACAUGAGCCAAGAACAACUAGCCCUAGCCUCACCAACCCCAGAACCAGACACCAAAAACCUCCAAUUCUACCUCUGGGGCCGCCGCGCCAUCUCUCUCGAAAAAAUCUACCGCCCAAUCCUCUACCUAGCAGUCCACUACCACACCUUACCAGCCUACCUCCAAAGCAACACCCGCCUCUUCCACGAAGUCUUCAGCCACGCCCAAAAAGCAAUCGACAACUGCGCAGAACUCAUUCCACACUGGUGGUACAACCACCGCCAUGAGUGGAUAUGGAACCUCAUGCGAUCAUCGUUCGGGGCGGCGGUGCAGAUCAUCGCUGCUGUGCUGGGUAAAUUGCAUUUGCAUGCGGGGAAUCAGGGCGUGUUGAUGCUGGAGUUGCCGCGGGAUUGGGCUGCGUUGGUUCGGAUCGCGAUUAAGACGUUGAGGUAUUGGGCUGCCGAGUCGAUUGAUGUGAAUAUUAUGAGGGCUACUUUGGAGAGGAUGUAUCAGGGGACAUGUCGGUUGGCGGGAGUACGGGCGGAUCUGUAUCCUGUGUAG